AUGUCCACACAUUCUGCCAAACUUAGGAGAAGAAAACAUCACUCCACUGCAUUCAAAAAUCAACUCCAAGGAGAUGGUGUCCUCCAAAAAAAUGCAGCUGCAGAAUACUCCAGAACAAAGACAUUGGCUACAUUAGCAACCACUAUGCUCCAUGAUGACAAGCUCUUAAAGUCAUUCUGGGUAGAUGCCAUGCAAACAGCUGCAUAUAUCACAGCACACAGCUCAGCAUCAGGACUCCAUGAAAAGACCCCAUACAAAAUACUGUUUAAAAGGAGAGUUGAUCCCACUUUAUUUCGCCCUUUUGGAUGCCAAGGAUAUGCCUUGAUUUCUAAAGACAAAUGGCAAGAAAGAUUCUACUCCAAGGGGCACAAAGCCAUAAUGAUUGGCUACACACAUGGGAAGCAAGCCUAUAAGCUCCUAGACAUCGACGACACUGCUCCCUGGAACACAGACCCUGGCACAAAUCAGUGGAGGGGACUUAUUCCAGAGAAUGUUCACUAUCCGGACCAAAAUACAAUGGAGGAUGAUGAUCCUGAUCCCAAUGAAUUGCAAAUAGAACCACAUCUCCAAGAAAAUGUUCUGCAAGCAAUAGAACCAUAUCAGCAUCAAAAUAUUACAAGAGCAGUGGGGCAAUAUCUCCAUGAAGAUGUUCUGAGAGCAGUGGGAGCACUUGAGCAGCUAAAACACCCUCAACAACAGUCUCUAGAACCAAGACCUGAACACUGGCCAUCUUUGGAACAGAAACCCAAAGUAGAGUCACAAUCAGUGGGAGCACAGCUCCUCAACAUACAACCAGCUGAUGUGGAGGAAGUUAUACAACUGGACAAGCAGUUAUAUCUGCUGAAGUCCUUGGAGCACGCAGAAGCAGUUGCCAUCCUUGUCCUGCAGACAAAAAGGACUCUAGAUAAGAAACAGUCUCAGAAAGAGCGGCACAACAUUUUCAUGGAGAAACCUAAUGCUCCUGAGGUUCCUGAAGAAACAUCCAACACAGAGGAGACAUUCUUUGCUGGAAUAGCAAGCACUGGUCCAUCUAAUACAGACCUUUCAAGGACACUAAAGGAAGCCUUAUUACACCCAGAUGGAGAAUUAUGA